UGUGCCCGUGCGGUAUACAUCAUUCUGUACUUGCGAUAUUUCUACCCUCCGUUACCUUAUACUCUCGGUCUCACAGAAUAAAUCACUGUUACCAGUUCCAUCGUUUUUUUUUUCAUCGCGCGCGGAAAUACUUGUCUUCUCAAACUGAUCUGAAGACAUAUCGAGUGCAGUGAUUGCAUCUGUUACGUAUUCUUAGACUUUUUGAAAGUUUUCAAGUAUUUUAGUGAUUAUUUGUGGACUUAUGAUCACGGACAAUCUCAAUAAUCAAAUGAAAAUAGUUGAGAAAAUUUUCAUUUAAUUAAAGAUCAGCAGAACAAACAGAAAGAAUCAAUCAUCUUUGAAGAUAUCAUCAGACCUUUCAUCUCUGAAGAAUACACCGUUUGAAGAAGACUGGUGGUCGAAUUAGAGGUGGCCCAAUCUUGGGGCCCUGAAGAUUUUCAUGUUUACGAACUUUAAUAAAUCAGGGUCGGGAUUGGAGAUAAACAAGAUGGACCAACAGUAUUGCCUUCGGUGGAACAAUCAUCCAGCGAAUUUAACGGACGUGUUGAGCUCAUUACUUGCAAGAGAAGCUCUGUGUGACGUUACUCUCGCCUGCGUUGGAGAGACAUUCAAGGCUCACCAAACGAUAUUGUCGGCUUGCAGUCCUUAUUUUGAAAAUAUAUUUCUUCAAAACACUCAUCCACACCCAAUUAUUUUCCUCAAGGAUGUCAAUGACACCGAGAUGAAGGCAUUGCUCCACUUUAUGUAUAAAGGAGAGGUUAAUGUUAGUCAACAUCUAUUACCUAUGUUUCUCAAGACCGCUGAGGCAUUACAAAUCAGAGGUCUCACUGACAAUAGUGUAAAUAACAAAACUGAAGAAAAAAGUCCGUCUCCUGAGCCAGAGACACACGGAACCAACAGGCGUUCUGAUUCUCCUAACCUCCAAGGUUCAGAAAAAAAAAAACGAAAAUUGUCUGGCAGUUAUGAUGUUUUACUUACGGGUCCACCAAGCGAACGUUUCUUGUCCGAUUCUCAGGCCUCAUCUCAAUGUAGUUACAAAUCAAGUCCUACAGUGAUUCCAAAGUUAAAUAAUACACUAGGUGGCGAUUUAGAAGAUGGAGGUCGAACAAUAUCUCCAUCAUCUCAAACACCAACGGCUAUCAAACAGGAAGUUGACCACCACAUGCCUGACUUCCAUGACAAUAUUUCUCUACCUGGCCAUCCGGUUGGAAUGUUAGGAGAAGACGGAGGACCAACGGCGGGGGCGUUAAGUGAUGGUGUACCAGGAAUGGAAACGUCUGAACACCACAAUCCACCGGAAAUUCUCGACGGGCUGGAUGGUUCAAAAGCCUGGCACAUGCGGCUGACCUUUGACCGGGUGCCAGGCGGCUGCAACCUUCACAGGUGCAAGCUGUGCGGCAAGGUCGUGACGCACAUCAGGAACCACUACCACGUCCACUUCCCCGGCAGGUUUGAGUGUCCUCUUUGUCGUGCCACGUACACUCGUAGCGACAAUCUACGUACGCACUUUAAAUUUAAACACCCCGAAUCAAGAAAGAUCGAUCUAAACGACUUUGUGGCGAGUUCGCUGGCACUAUCCGCGACAAAUAAUGACACCAUGAAUACGCUAUCAUAAGACGAGCUCGCGUGGGUGCGCGGUGCGUGCGUACGCCCACGCGUGGAAGCCCAACAACCGCAACAGCCGUGGCGCGUGCCGGCUCUCAUACGUGAAACUGAGAAUUACCCUACUCUACUCACGCCUGGGUGGCCGGCUCCAUUUUUAUUUUUCAAUCGUUUUUUUUCUGAACACCAAAUCUUAUAGGUUCUACGCUUAAUGAUUAUAUAGUAAUCACUUUAAUAUGAUGAUUAUCAUAAAUCAUGAGACAUUAAGAUGAUUUAUUGAGGUUUAGGUACAGCGUGCAGUGAAUUUUUAUUACCAAUAUUCAAUAUUAAUCGUCGUCAACAUCAUCAUCAUCAUCAUCAAGCAUCACCAUCAUCAGUAUCAUUCAGUAUGGUGGAGAUGACUAUAUUUGAAUAAACAUUCGUCAACAUGAUGAUUACCGACAUUGAACUACAGUGAAUGUGCGCUAUCAGAUCAACUCAAUAUAUUAAGAUGUAUAUAGAUAUUUAAUCUAUUGUCAGGAAUAAGAGGAGUCGAGUAUAUAAAAAAAAAAAAAAAUGAACCAAUUAAAAAAUUUUCCACAGCAGUCGUAUUAACGAAAAAAAAAAAAAUAAUUACAAACUAAGUGUUUAUCUCUCCUCAAAAUAUUAUUAAUUUUUAUUUCGCUGGCUAAAAUUUCAUUAGUCUUUCUUACGUGAGUUAUUAACUCGAUAAGUAAUUCAACUAUUAAUGUGAUUAAUUGUUGAAUAAUCAAGGCCUCGUAGAAUCUGGAUAAAAAAAUUGAUAGAUAAAAAAGAAUAAAAAACAAAAAAAUGAUGAGAUUGUUUGAAAAAAGAGACAAUGGAGUAAUCAGAUGCGUGGUGAUAAGACGGAUUAUUUAAUUAAUUAAAUUUAUUAUAUAUCUAUAACAAAUGGGAGCAAAAAUGGUGCCAAUUCCUCCCGUAGUUGCUGCUGAGCGGCGUCGGCAGGCUGGCAGCCGAUAUUAAUUAUUAACUAUCAAUUCAUUGAAUUAUUAAUUAUUCUCAUUAACUUUAAAAUAUUGUCAAUUAUUAUUAUCAUUAUUAUUAAUAUUAUAUUAAUUAGUUAAUUGAUUUAUUAUUUUGAGGAAAAAAAGUUAAUACUAAAUUCAAUAUUUACAUAUUAAUAAUUCAGUUAAUGCGCAGGGUGAAUCUUAUUAUUGUUGAAGUUUGAGGUUGGACUUUAUAUUAUAUUGUAAUCACUAAUUUUUACGGGAGGGAAGUCUAUAGCAAUAUCAAUAUCAUAAUUACUACGUUUGAGCUCAAAAUUAAACGCAAAUAAUAUUUUUAAUAUUUUUUAAAACGCAACAGAAUUGCAAAUUUAUAUUUGCAUGGUCAAUUCACAACGAAUUUUUUAAAUACAAAACUAUAAGUAAGAUAAUAUAAAUUCAUCACUAUAUUACUUGUUAAAUUGCACUUGGAUUCUAUGAUUAUGAAAAAAUAAUCAACACUAAACAGAAUAAUCAGUAAAGGGUAUAAAUGCAAAAAUUACACGACAUUCCAAGGCUUAUUGAUGAAAUAACUGACAGUUAAGAUUUAUCUAUAAAUAAUUUAUUCUUAUUAGAAUAUUUUCAAUUUUUACAAAUUAUUUAUUGCAUUGUUACCAUUGGUUUUAAUUAAUCAGUUAUUGUUUUUAAUUGAUGAUAAAUUACAUGAAUUUUAUAUACUAAUAAUAUAACUACUUACAUGUUAGGUACAUAGUAUACAUGUAGUGCAAUAGACCAAAUAACUGUUAAAGCUGUUGUAUGAGGGUCAAUUAAAACAGUAUGAUGUGGAAAGAAUAUUUUAAUACAGAAACGAAAAUUACUACAUACUUAAAGAGCCAAACAAAUUAAUAAUUGUGAUUAAUCUGAUAUUACCGUCGAUCUAUCUCUCCUCAUAUUAAUAUUUUGUUGGGAUGGUUACUAAUAAAAAUGAUUUUAAAAAAUUUAUUAAACCUGUGGGGAACGUUGUAUGGUUAUAGUUUAAAUCAAGAGCUAAAAAUACAAUUAUUAUGAAUAAUUAUUAAUUAUUAUUAUUUAAUAUAGAUAUGAAUAUAAAUAUAUGAAGAUGAUAUAUAACCAGAAUAUUAAUAUAUUACGCAGAUUAAUAGGAAUAUAAAUAAUAUAUUUAGAUAAUUUAUUAAAUUUUGUUUGUUUUAUCGUUUUCUGAUUUUAUAUUUACAGAAUGUUAUUUACUAUUCACCUUGUGAGCAGUAGAAAAGUGAACCGUGCACUUUACAUUAUUAUUAUUAUUUAUUUAACACCAGAGUUUUGUUGAAUAUAUCAAUAAGAUAUAUUUGUAGGCCUAUCUUUUCCCCUGGUAAAUUGUUAAAUGAAUUUUUAAUUGAUUCUUUCUCUCUGAACUUUUUGAUUUCCUACAAUAGUUAUAUUUAUUUAUUCAUAACUUAUUUAUAAAUAGAUGAAUUUAUUCAGUUAUUGUUUUAAUAUUUACAAAUUUUAACGUUGAUUUAUUUAUUGAAUAUUAUUAUGAUGGUUUUUUUUAAUUUCACUGCAAUAUUUGUAAACAUUGUUUUAUAAUAUCCUUGUGAUUCUAAUUCCCGAAAGUCACUCAUGAAUAUAGUCUUUUGAUCCUCAAAAUAACCAAUAGUAGAUUCUGUAUAUGAGGAUGCAAUUGGAAUUGCAAUGCCUGAGGUCAUGUUAGAUAUUCCAGAUAGGGGGAUAUAAGUAUAAACUACGUCAAAGCGUGAUUAUAUAUGUAUAUAUAAAUAUACUUUGAUAUGAAGGGUUCAAUGAUGAGUAAAAAAUAUCAAUUCAUUUUGGGUUAUUUGUUUUUUAAUCUUAAAUUUUAUUUCAAUUGUACAUUUUAAAAAAUCGAUGUAAUUUUUUUUAUGACAUUUUGUUUUACUUGACGUUAUAUGAUACCUAGUUUUUUUCUUUUUGUCUUUCUAAUAAUGAAAAAAAUUUCUUGAAUCAAUUUCUUAUUUCAGAUCGAUAAAAAUGGUAUUAAAUUAGAGUGAAAAUAUAUAUUGAGUUUGAUAGCAAAAGCAAGAGAGAAAGAAAAAAGAAUAUAAAAUACACCAGGGGAUAAGAAUGAGAUAGAUUUUUGAGGGAUAAUAAUAAUCGGCCUGCAUAAAAAUUAUAAAAAAAAAAUUUCAAUUCAUAUAUUAACAAUAAAAAUUUAUUUAUUAUUUUAUUAUUUUUUUUCAACAAAGAGUAGAUUUUUUGAAAAUACUGAUAGUUAGAUGGCAGGCUGCCAGGCUGUUACUUUGAACAAUUUCAUUAAUUUACUACAUAUAAUACCUAACUAUAUUUGAUUAUUAUAAGAAAAACCUACUUAUACUUACUAUUAUCCACUAUCACACUACCGAAAACUAUUGCUUCUACUGCAGUCAUAAUGAAACUAAUACACUUUGAAUACUAUUAUUCUUACAAUAUAGAAUAAUUUAUAUAUUUACAAUCGAGUGUCGUGGAGUGGAACAUUGUGAUAUAAUAGAUUGGUGCUAACACCUUAUUGAAAUUGAGAUAAAUUAAAGAAAAAGUUGAUAAAUUACAACAACAAUAACAACAAAAGUCGUGCAAUAUUGCGAUAGUAUAGAGAAUCAGGGAGGUUGUCAUUCAAUGGGAAUGUUAGGUUUUCUUAGAACGUCAGUGUAUUUAUUUGAGUAUAAAAGAGAAAAGUAACAACUAGCUAAGAUUGUGAGUUACUAUUAUAUACACUGUAAUAGGAAAUAAGUCGAAUUAUGUAAUGAAGUUUGACUCAAGUUCAUAUGAAAGAAUUUUUCAUAAACAACAAGUGGAUAAAUUUAACUUGAAGAAAAGCUUGAAUUGUGUGUGAAGCGAAAGAGAAAGUUUAUAGCAGCAGCACAGAAAGUAUAGUUAGUUGAGAAGUUAAAUUGAUAAGAGAAAAAAGAGUAAUGAAAUUGAACAGGAAAAGGAAGAGGAAAGAUAGUGGGUGAUAUUAGUAUGAAAGAAUGGAAAAAAAACUUAUGGCUGUGCAAGAGAACAUUAUGAUUGUAAUUAAAAUGUAGGCGUAGGUGUUACCUAGAGCUUAAUUUUACUGAAAUAUAGAUUAAGAGCAUGUUAAAUUUUGUUUCAGCGUGUUAAAAACACGCCCCUACGAGUGACAACCAUCUAAUAGAUCCCUCAAAUCUCUUUGUACAUUAUUUAAUCUAAAUAAACAAGUAAAAAAUAA